AUGAGCUUUAAGCAGUACGUGUCAGAGGUCUUCAGCGCCAAGGCUGACCUGCUGCUGGCCCGCCUGGCGGCCGCAUGCCCCCCGGGCCCCACUGCGACGGCCGCCGCCGAUUGCGCGCCCAGCAACGCGUCAGUGCCUUCUGCUGUUCGGGCGGGGUCGGCUGCUGGGCCCGAGGUGGGGGCUGUUUGCGGCGGCGCCGCCGCCGCUGCAGCAUUGGGGGUUGUGCCUGGUGAGGCGAUCGACAUCCAGGACGUGUUCUACCGCUUCACACUGGACGCCUUCUGCCACAUCGGCUUUGGCACUGACCCCGGCUGCCUGAGCGCCGCGGGCCGCCUGCCCUUCGCGGCCGCGUUUGACCGGGCGCAGCGCACCACCAUCACGCGCUUCUGGGUGCCCUGCUGGCGCCUGCGGGAGGCACUGGACGGCCGCGGCCGCCAGCUGCGCCGCGACGUCGCCACAAUCCGCGCCUUUGCGGCCGCCAUCAUCGCGCAGCGCCGCAGCGCCCUGGAGACGACGCGCGCUGCGACACAGCCGCAGCCCCAGCCGGAGCAGGACGAUGAUGCAGACGAGAUAUCACAGUUGCAGCGGGCCGAGGUCGGCGGCGGCAGCUGCGGGGCAGCUUCCUGUGACCUGCUGGAUCUCUUCAUGAGCGAGGAGGGCCCCGACGGCGCCCCCCUGGGUGAUGCCGCCCUGAUUGACGCGGUGCUCAACUUCAUCAUCGCAGGCCGCGACACAACAGCACAGGCCCUCUCCUGGACCCUUUAUGAAGUGAUGCGACACCCGGAAGUUGAGUCCAAGAUCCUGUCCGAGGCAGAGGCUGUGUUGGGGCCCCUGCGGCGCCCCCGCCCCGCGGACACCAACCCUCGGCCCGCGCCCGCACCCUCCGGCCCGCCCGGCGGCGACCCCACCUGUGCACCCGCGGCCGGCGGCGUCGGCCAAGGCGGCGGCGGCGCGGGCGGCGAAGCGGCGGCGGCGCCGCUGUCUUACGAGCGGCUGCAGGCGCUCAGGUAUGCGCGGGCCGUCUUUCUGGAGGGCCUCCGGCUGCACCCCUCAGUGCCACAGGACGUCAAGUUUGCCCUGUGCUCCGACGUGCUGCCCUGCGGCACGCGCGUCCCGGCCGGCGCCAUGGUGCUCUACAGCGCGUACGCCAUAAACCGCAUGAUGGAGUUCUGGGGCCCAGACGCAGACGAGUUCAGGUGA